AUGGCAAUAUUAACAGCUCCAGUACAAGAUAUUCUUAUUAUAAUUGGAGUCGUUAGCGGAAUUCUUUCUCUCCUACUCGUGGUCAGUUUAAUUAUAUUUUUAUUUUAUUAUAACCGUAAAAGAGGUGAAGCAAAAGUAACUGCAAAUAGAAAUAAUUCACAAUCAUCGGAAAAACUUCGUGCGGCAUCAUUAUCAUCUCACAAUUCAACAAUUACUAUAAAAACAGUAUCUGAUACACCACAGACGACAAAUGUAAUUACAUCUCACCAUAGCCAUACUAAUUCCUCGCGACGUACACAGCCACAAAAGCAGAGGCAACCAUCGAAUAUAAGUGAAGUAUCAAGUUUAAAAACAUCAACUAAUUAUCAUCAAAAACAAAAACAACAGCAUAGCCGAAAUACGGCAAUGACAAUAUAUCCUAGAACAACCCAUUACGAUACUGAAUCUGAACGAGAUGAGAUACCAAUGAAAAAUCAUGUUGGAAAGAAAGCAUUCACUAGCGUUAUAAUACCGCGUGAAACACCUUAUCCUCCGGAAGUUAUGCGUAGAGAAAGAAUAAUGAGAAGCAAAGAUGCUUUUCUGACAUAA